GGUGUGCGGUCGCCGUGAUCAACUUGUGUGAACUGCAACGGUGCCUUUGACCUAAGCAGCGAAGCAGAAAACGGCCGAACAUUUAUUAAUUGUGCGUCACAACUCCAUUACGGAGGGUUUGCAUCGAACGUUCUAUGUUGGAACUCCCAGCGCAAGUGACUGUGCCUUUUACUAUCCUCACGUUGGUCUUUACUUCCGCGCUCCGCCUCUUUGAUGGCGGCGUCCUAGAUAGCAGAAACCAGAGCGCAGAAGCUAGCGAAAAAACUGUGCCAGAAAUAGGAAAGUUCCUCCAAGGCAUCAUCUAAGAGCAAUGGAUAAGGCGAAACAAGGAGAGCCAACAUCCCACAACAGCCACGGUCUAAAGCCGGCCAGCGUUGACUCGUUGGAAGGUUCCGAAAGUGGCUCACUAAACUCCAAACUCGGCCCGCGGUCGGUGGGCAGCCACAGCUCCCAUUCGCCGUCCAAGUCGCUCUGCUCGUCAUCUUCAACAUCCACGGAAAACAUGCAACUCACGCAGGAGCUCAAGAUGCGAGAAGUGUCCAAGGUGACAAAGACGCAAGAGCCUCCUUUGCUUCCUGGAGAACAGCCACACGUCGUUCAGAAAGCACGAGAUGUCACCUACCUGUGUCCAUUUCAAGGCCCCAUUCGUGGCUGUCUCUUCAUCACUAACUACAAGCUGUACUUUCGCAGUGUUGAGAAGAAUUCCCGCUCCAAACAGUUCACUGAGCCGCGGUUCACACUGGAAGUCCCGCUUGGCGUCGUGAGUCGCAUCGAGAAGGUUGGCUAUGCGUCGAGUCGCGGAGAGAAUGCAUACGGCAUUGAGCUCUUCUGCAAGGACCUGCGCAGCUUGAAGUUUGCCCACAAGCAGGAAAACCACUCGCGGCGAGACAUCUUUGACAAACUGCACAAGCUGGCCUUCCCGCUCUCCAACAACCUGCCAUUGUUUGCCUUUGAGUACGGUGGCCGGUACUCUGUGAAUGGCUGGGCCGUGUACGACCCGUUGGCUGAAUACCGACGUCAGGGCCUGCCCACUGAAAGCUGGCGGCUGAGCCGUGCAAACGAGAACUACCAGCUGUGUGACACCUAUCCCGCCAUUCUAGCCGUUCCAGCUGCAGCUGACGACAGUCUCUUGGAAGCCGUGGCUAGUUUUCGAAGCCGGGGUCGCAUUCCGGUGCUGUCCUGGAUCCACCCAGAGGGACAGGCAACCAUAACUCGUUGUAGUCAACCCAAUGUUGGCGUGAGCGGCAAGCGCAGCACAGAAGACGAGAGCUACCUGCAGAUGAUCAUGGACGCCAAUGCACAUUCGCAUAAGCUCUUCAUAAUGGAUGCUCGACCUAGCGUGAAUGCUGUGGCCAACAAGGCAAAGGGUGGUGGCUACGAGAGCGACGAGGCAUACCGGUGCACCGAGCUGUGCUUCUUGGACAUACACAACAUCCACGUGAUGCGGGAGAGCCUGCGCAAGCUCAAGGAGACCUGCUUCCCUAGUGCAGCAGACGAGUCCCGCUGGCUUUCUGCGCUCGAGGCCACCCACUGGCUGCAACAUGUGCGUGCCGUGCUGGCUGGGGCUCUGCGUGUUGCGCACCGCCUCGAAGGGGCCAAGGGGUCGGUGCUGGUGCACUGCUCGGAUGGGUGGGACCGCACCGCACAGCUCACCAGUCUGGCCAUGCUCAUGCUUGACCCUUACUACCGCACCAUUCGAGGCUUCGAAGUGCUCAUUGAGAAGGAGUGGCUCAGCUUUGGCCACAAGUUUGCUCAGCGAAUUGGCCAUGGAGAUGACAAGCACUCUGAUGCAGACCGGUCACCUGUUUUUCUACAAUUCAUUGACUGCGCAUGGCAGAUCAUGAACCAAUUUAAGAAUGCUUUUGAAUUCAACGAGCACUUCCUCAUCACCAUCCUGGAUCACCUCUACAGCUGCCUGUUUGGUACAUUCCUUUACAACUCGGAGCAGCAGAGAGUUAAAGAGACUGUGCGUGAACGAACCCAGUCGCUGUGGUCGAUGGUGAACAGCAACAUUGAGGAGUACACCAACCCAUUGUAUGCUAGCUACCCGCAGCAGCAUGUCUUGUUUCCGGUGGCCAGCCUGCGCCGUAUCCAGCUCUGGAAAGGCUACUACUGUCGCUGGAACCCACGCAUGCGCCUUCAGGAACCAGUGCAGGUGCGCAGCCGGGAACUCCUGCAAUUGCGUGCACAACUGCAAAGGCAGCUGGAAGAACUGAAGAAGGAGCACGAAUCCAAGGUGUCUCGCAUCCCACCAAGAGUCUCAUCACCCAUCACCGUUUAGCUGCUGUAGCUGUGAAUGCUGCGUUGUACAUACUCAGGCUUUCAUGGAGAAGCUUUGAAAACUUGAAUAGCACUUUCCUACACCUCGGACAAGCCGCUUAUGUGUUUGUUAAAACUGUUGCCAAUAUGUUGUUGGCUCAGUGUUGCACAGGGUUGCGUUAAUUACCUCCUCAUGAACUUACACUUUGCUGGGCUUCUUACCUCUCUGGUUAUAUGAAGUGCAGACACUUUUCUAAAAUUUGUAUAAGCCACAUCAUUUGCUAUUAUCAGCUGUUACGUAGUGUAAACCUUAGUGAAACAUGGCGCUCGUGUUCUGGUGAUAUGGGGGUCCUGUGUAUCGUAAUAUAUAAUUUUAUUACUCUUUUUCUCCGCGUACAUUUAUGUCUAUGCAUUUUAUUUGAUAAAUAAGAAACCGUGUUGAACAAUAGCUUGUGAUUUUGUGAUAUAUGUUUUUAUUCACUUGUAACUACAGUCUGGUGUUUACAGUUUCAAUUGUUGUUUUUAGUGAUGUGUUAUUUAUCCCUGUCUCAAAACACAGUUCUGAAUUUUUUGUUUGCAGUAAUUACUGACAUAAAUGUUUAUCAAGACACUGA